GGCGCAGACAUUAGCUCCCUGGAAAAGCCGGGGGGAAAAAAAAAACCACCACCAAACAAACAGGUGUGCCUGCUCCGUACAAAUGCCGCAGCCCCUAGUCGGCCGCCGUAGUCCGGCUAGGGCGCAGUAGUAAAAAGAAUUCUCGGAAGUGCGGAUUCGAGGAGGUCGCGGUGGGAUCAGGAGAAAAUCACGGUAGUGUGUGGAUUUCUGCGUGGAAUAAGAUGAGAGGACUGAGGUUUCGUUCGCGUCUGAGUGGGGUGGAGCCAUGCUUUCCGUAGAGAGAGAGGAAGCAAGUGGGAGUUGGUGACUGGGCUAUUUAUGGUUGGGGUGAUGUUGGAGUCAGUUCUGAAGGAUUCUGGUGUUUAGUCCAGUCGAGAUCGAGGAUUGAAAAUCCGUAAUCGGGGUUUUGUGUCUCUUGGCCGUGCUUGAUUGAGGACUGCGGCAGGGAGUGAUAUUUGUCAAUAAAAGUGGUGUCUGGUUUGGAUUCGGGAUUUAGUAGGCGGUUUAAUGACAGGAUCGGGGGACUCCUGGUCAGCGAACCUGGGUGUCUAGUGCAGGUUUGGGGAUGAAUCCAAUGUUUGCGGGAGGAGGGGUGGUGUCCAGGUGUGUCAGUCGUUGAGAGGUUUGUGAAAGCUGAAGCUGUUCGGUGGGUGGGUGUUUCAAACGUUACUUUCUCCUUCAGUUCCUCAAGUCCAAGGCUUCGUUUGUAAAAUCGCCUUUGGCUUUUUGUAUUUUUUCCUCUCGGACCGGUAGAAAUGAGAGCGUUGUUGGAGACCGAGGACUAAGCACAUCUAAAGUGGUCCCUGAUACAUCAAGAUACAAGAUACAUCAAGUGACAUGAGGAGGUUUCCCUUCCUCGAGGUCAUCACUUGCAGGGACAUCACUGCCUUGGGACUAAGAUUUCUAACCCAAAAUUGAGGAAAGUCUGAAAGGAGACUCAGGACACAUCCUAGUCUUUGUCCAGUUCUCAAUAUAUCAGAAGAAAAUGAUCAAGGACCAGGGAUCACUGACACUGGAGGAUGUGGCCGUGGACUUCACGUGGGAGGAGUGGCAGCUCCUGGCUCCUCCUCAGAAGGCCCUGUACCGGGACGUGAUGCUGGAGAACUAUAGCAACCUGGUGUCUGUGGGGUAUCAAGCCAGCAAGCCAGCUGCUCUCUCCAGAUUGGAACGAGGAGAACCGUGGCCCGUGGAAGACAAAGUCCACGGUCGAAUCUGUCCAGGUUUAAACAACAGACAAGAUAUGAAUAAAGAAAUCUUGUCAUUCAAGGAUGUGGCUGUGGACUUCACAUGGGAAGAGUGGCAGCUCCUGGCCCCUGCUCAGAAGACCCUGUACCGGGAUGUGAUGCUGGAGAACUAUAGCAACCUGGUGUCCGUGGGAUAUCGAGUCAGCAAAUCAGAUGUGCUGUUCAAGUUGGAACAAGGGGAAGAACGAUGGAUGACAGAAGAUGAAAUCCACAGUCGUACCUGGCCAGAAACUGGCAACAUUGGUAAUCAUCUGCAGGUUGACUGGGAAAAUAAAAAAAUGCUGAAAGGUAUUGAACAAUACCAGGAACAUAAUACAUUUGGAAAUCCUGUUCCUCAAAGCCAAAGUUAUUUCUGUUUCAGGCAAAAUCAUGAUAUGUUUGAGUUCUAUAUAAAAACUUUGAAGUCAAAUUUAAGUUUAGUCAUCCAGAGCCAAAGCUAUGAAAUUAAAAACUCUACUAAAUGUAAUGGAGAUGGGAAAUCAUUUCUGUUUGGUAAACAUGAAAAAUGUCAUUCUCCAGUUAAAUGCCCUGUAAGUGCAAAACCCAUCAGCACUAAGUCCCAAGUCAUUAAGCACCAAAUAACUCACAACAUAGAGAAAGCCCAUAUAUGCAGUGAAUGUGGGAAAGCCUUUGUUAAGAAGUCUCAGCUCACUGAUCAUCAGAGAGUUCAUACAGGAGAGAAACCUUAUGGAUGCAAUCUGUGUGCAAAAGUAUUCUCCCGGAAGUCCAGGCUCAAUGAACAUCAGAGAAUUCAUGAGAGAGAGAAAUCUUUUAUAUGCAGUGAUUGUGGAAAAGUCUUCACCACGAAGAGCCGUCUGAUUGAACACCAGCGAACUCACACAGGAGAGAAACCUUAUGUAUGCAGUGACUGUGGAAAAGGCUUCCCAGGGAAGCGUAAUCUCAUCUUACAUCAGCGAAAUCAUACUGGAGAGAAAUGCUAUGUAUGUAGUGAAUGUGGAAAAGGCUUCACUGGAAAGAGCAUGCUCACUAUACACCAGCGAACUCACACCGGAGAGAAACCGUACAUCUGCAGUGAAUGUGGGAAAGGCUUUACCACAAAGCACUAUGUCAUCAUCCACCAACGGAAUCAUACAGGAGAGAGACCCUACAUAUGCAAUGAAUGUGGGAAAGGUUUCAUUAUGAAGAGCCGUCUGACCGAACAUCAGCGAAUUCAUACAGGAGAGAAGCCGUAUGUGUGCAAUGAAUGUGGAAAAGGCUUUCCCAGGAAGGGUAAUCUGAUUGUACAUCAGAAGACUCAUACAGUAGAGAAAUCCUAUGUAUGUAGUGAAUGUGGAAAAGGCUUCACUGUGAAGAGCAUGCUUACUGUACAUCAACGAAUUCACACUGGAGAGAAACCCUACAUCUGCAGUGAGUGUGGGAAAGGCUUCCCAUUAAAGAGUCGGCUGGUCGUGCAUCAGCGAACACAUACUGGUGAAAAACCUUACCGAUGCAGUGAAUGUGGGAAAGGCUUCAUUGUGAACAGUGGACUAAUGUUACAUCAGCGAACUCACACUGGAGAGAAACCCUAUACAUGCAAUAAAUGUGGAAAAGAGUUUGCCUUUAAGAGCAAUCUUGUGGUACAUCAGCGAACUCAUACUGGAGAGAAACCCUUUACAUGCAGUGAGUGUGGAAAAGGUUUCACCAUGAAACGCUAUCUCAUCGUACAUCAACAAAUUCAUAUGGGAGAGAAGUCCUAUAUAUGCAGUGAAUGUGGACUAGGUUUUGUCAUGGAAACAGAGCUCAUUUUACAUCAGCAGAUUCAUACUAGAGAGAAACCUUAUGCCUGCAGUGAAUGUGGCAAAGGCUUCAUUGUGAAGCCGUCUAGUGGUUCAUCAGCGGACUCAUACAGGAGAGAAACCUUUUGUAUGCAGUGAUUGUGGAAAAGGCUUCUCCUCAAAAAGGAAUCUCCUUGUACAUCAGAGAACUCAUAAUGGAAACAAACCAUAAAAGCGAUGACUAUGAUUACACCAACAGGAAGAAAAUAUGGUUUGUCCAACAUCAGAGAUUUCUAACCUUUAUAUAUACUGACUGUGGAAAAUCCUAUUCAGCAUUGGUAUUGGUCUCAUUACCCACCAGAAAAUUUACACAGGAGACAAACUGUAUGUAUGCAAUUAAUGUGAGAAAGCCUUCAACACAAAUUCAACACUCAUUGUACCUCAAAGACUUCAUAAAAGAGACAGACUGUGAAUCCAGUGAUUGGGGGUAAUCUUUUGUCAACCCUUGUUAAUACACAUGAGAAACAUAUAGGUCAAAGUAUAUAAUUCUUUGUAGAAACUCUGAACUCAUUAUAUACAAGUGAAUUUUUUAGGAUAAAAAAGAUGAUAGUUCAGUGAACUCAUUAAACAUAAGUGUGCUCCUAGCAUCCUUGACUAUUGUCAGUGUAGAUUAGCCUGCUGCUAGAUUUCACCCUUAGGAAAUAUGAAAUUUGCAAUAGGGGUGAAAUUUAAUGAAUGAAGAGAAUGUGCUAGUGCCUUCAGUGAUCAGUUACCUCACAUUGUAUGUCUAAAUUAACAUGUAGGAAAAGCUCUGAUACAUUCAAUGCAGAAAAAGCUCAAGGAAGCAUUUUUAGGUACUAAUUAUAUGUCUGAAAAGUGUAUGCUAAGAUAAAUCCUAUGAAUGGAGAGGCUAGGAAAACCUUCUAUGGAAAUAAAAACCCUAUCUCAUCAGUGAUCAUAAUAGAUCACCAAUGAGCUCAUACAUAGUAACAAUAUGAUGAUCGUGGGAAAGCCUUUGCCUGGAAAUAAAACCUCAGUAAGUUGCCUGAUAUGCAUGCUGGAGAAAAAUUUUCAGAUGGCAAUGAAUAUGGUAGGAUUUCAGUGAUACAUUCUGCCUCAUUGCUUUUCAUGAAUUCACACAGAAAUAAAAUGGUUAUGGACCCACUAAAUAUGGAGUAACUUUAGCAAAAUAUCAGAAUUCUGAAGGAAAGAAACCUCAUGAAAAUGACAUAUACUUGAACUUUCUAUCACAAGUCUAAAUUUAUUAUACACCUGAUGUCCAUUUUGGGGCAGAAUACCUUGAACCAUAUCAAUGAUUCCAUAAUUUUAAAGUGGCCUAGUCUUGACACUAAUUUGUAUUGUUAUAUACAAUACAGGAGUGUUCUGUGCCCACUUUGUAUUAUUAUAUGUUUCACUCUUGCAUUUCUUAGGUUCUAAAUUCAGCUCUGUCUACAAUGUACUUCAAAGGAAAAAGGAAUAUAUUCAUAAAUGUAAUCCAACAUAACGAUGUAUUUAAGUUUAUAAGUAGGAUUAGGUAGUUUACAAACACUUUAAAAAUGAUUUUUCUAAAAUUUGUUUUGAAAUAGUUUUAGACUCCCAAGUAAUUACAAAAUAUACCACGUUCCCACAUACCCUUACUCAGUUUCUUCAGUGAUGUUAUCUUACAUAACCAUAAUACAUCAUCAAACCCAAUAAAAUGACAUUGGUGCAGUGCUGUUAAGUAAACUGGAUCUUAUUUGGAUUUUAGUAGGUUUUUGCAUGCACUAAUUUUAUGAAGUUUUUUUGUUUUUAGUAUAUAGUUUUAAGAAAUUUUAUCUUGUACAUAAGAUUUCUGUAAACCCCACCACAAUUGGGAUGCAGAAUUGUGCCAACACAAAGAAACAUCCUCAUGUUACUCCUCUGUGGUCACACUCUUCCCCCAACCCUGACCAUGGUGACCACUGGUCAAAUUCCAUCACUCCAACUUGGUUAUUUCAACAAUGCUGUUAAAAUGGAAUCAUACUGUGUGUAGCCUUUGAGAUAGGCUUCGUUUCACUCAGCAAAUUGCUGUUAAGAUCCAUCCAAUUUUUUUGGUGUAUAAAUAGUUUUACUUGUUAAUAGUAUUCUUUUGUAUGGAUGUACAGUGACUAUCUGUUUACUAUUGACAUGUCUGGAUUGUUUUCCAGUGUUUCAUUGUUUUGAAUAAAACCCUAUGAACAUUUAUGGACCCAA